UCUCAAUCCAAUCUCACGCUUGCAAUAGUUACCUCAGUUCUGUGGAGUGUAUGUAAACUUAAAUGUCAAUUAUUAUUUUCUAGGUGUCAAGCGUCGAUGUGUUUAUUGUUAUUGAGAUUUUCAGAAAAUAUUUGAGUAGAUAGGAGCGUUUCGACGAUUAAAAAUCUGCGUACAAAUUACGAUAAUCAACUCUAGCUCAAAUGGAUGUGUAUGGGUAUCCCAUGUAUCAGUAUAAUCAAUCUGACGAAUUGGCAAAACAAAUGUUUGCACAUCAAGCAUUGUCCUCUACAAUGCAAUACCCCAGUACUUCUAAUCGUGGUAUGUCCGAGUCCGCCGCACUACCACCUCCUACAGGGGCGCCUUGGAACAUCCAGGGAUUAACAUGGAGCUUACAGUCUCCUCCGAAUCUUGUCCAAUUCACAGCUCAGACACCAGUAGACAGCAAGCCAAUUAUACACUGCAAAAGGAAGGGCACAGAUUUGGAACCGUCUAUUCCCGCAAAACAGUUAAUAACAGAGGAAAAAAUGGCUGCCCAUUUCAACAGUCUUCACAUAUCUUCUGACUAUAUUCAGCACUCUCUAACCUCUGAAGAUGUGAUGGAACUAUCGGUAGACACAGCGCUAAUCAGUGAAAGGUUGAAGGGACAUACAAUAGUGCUCUCUGAAGAUGUUAAAAAGUUAAAGGAGGAACCUUUACUCCCUGCUUCUCUUAUAGAAAGAAUUCAGAAACCACAGAUGUCACUGGUUGUCUGGAAACCCCGUGAGGAAAUUAUCAAAAUCAAACCAGGGGAUGAGAAGUCGAAGGAAGAAGAUGAAACAAAGAAACGGACUGGUGUUCUUGUCCCACCAGAAAACACCGGAAUGGACAUAGAAAUGUAAUUUGAAUCUUUAUAGUCUUAAUAAUAAUUAAUAAGCGAAAUAUCUUGUGUAAAUUUGUUAGUUUAAGAACAGAUUAUUAUUAACUUCUGAAGACUCAAAAGUUACUUAAUUUUGAGAUAAGGAAAAUAAAAAAAUAUCCCGAAUCAAGGUUGUUUGGAAUUUUACAAAAAAAAGUAAGCAUUUCAAUGCUAUAAAAUAUAGUUAAAUUAAUGUUUCACUCAAUGAACAUUACAACAGACUAUUUGAACUCAGAAACUCAAUAUUUUGUAACAUUUGAGUAUUAAAUAUUAAUUACCCAAUAUCGUCUUGUUGAAUCCAAUUUUAAAUAAAGUGUCAAUAGAGAUGUAACAACUUUUAUAAUGUUGCUUUUCGUAUUAGAGUUAUGUGCUGAAAAUUUAAAAUUUUAAUAACUUGUGUUUUUGUGUAAGUGUAAAUAGUGUUUUUUAAUGUUUAUAAUUUGUGUUUAAGAAUAGUCAAAUAAGAAUGUCAUUUGAAAUAUUAUGUGAACUGAAAAUAAAGUAAC